AUGACCAUCAUGAACGCGCUCUGGUCCAAAGCUACAUCCUCCUCUGGCGACAGCGCCCAGAAAAGCGCCAAACCGACCAACGAUGCAGUGAACACCACUUCCGAGGCUCUGCCCGAUCUCUCGGAGAGGCCGAAUGCGCCAGCCCUACCAGCUCGCCCGGCCCUUCAGAGGAACCAGCCCUCGGCGCCUCCCCCAGCAGCACCGUCGAACCCUCCGCCGCCUGUCCCCUCCGGUUCUGGCUCCGGCAACGCCAACAAUGCAUCGGCACAGCCUCAAGACUCCUUGUCCUUGGCCCAGCUACGACGGAUCGUUGCCGAGUUCCCCAAGUCCGAGCCUAUCGCCUACGACUAUGUCUACUCUGAUAUGGGCCCCAUCGAGGAGGAGGUGGACGAGUGGUUCUUCUACGAUUUCUGGCAAUAUGUGCGUCUGAACAACGCCAACCAUGCCUUUGACAGCGCUUGGGUCAAGAUGUACGGGGAAGACGAGACUUGGGAGAGUGUCGACGACGAUGGCAGGGAAAAGUUCGUGCGGAACGAGGUUGAACAAUUACAGGUGUCAUCCGACAAGACGGCUCGCGUCGAGGCCAUUGGCACGCUCCUAUACAUAGUGUUGGGACGUUGGACGGCAACUGUCAAGAAAGCGAAUCUGCCUAACCUUGCGGACCACAAGGUCAAGUCCGCCGCCACCAAGGAACAGCUGGAUGCUAUGAAGGCGGGCGUCAAGCUGCUCGCCAAGUAUGGUGGCCUCCCUCCUAUGUGGGAUGCGCUGCGGAAGGCCUUCGAGUUGUUCUGGGCGGAUGACGGAGACGCCAGCCAGAGAGUGCAGGCGAAUAACGAGGAGCUCAUGGAGCUCAUGCAUCUGAUGACCAUUUUGUACAUCUCCUUGCAGACGACGAUGGACGACGUUGAGGAUAUGGCUGUGGCCCGCAAAGAACUACUUGCCCUUAACCCAAACCUGGUUCACUUCAUGUUACACGCCACGGCAAAACUCCGAUGGGACGACAGGAACAUUCUCCCCCAAGCCCAGGUCGGUUCAGCUACCUUUGGAAUCCCGGUCGCGGCCAACCAACAUCGAAUGCUCAUGAGUUCCCAGGUUUUCCUUUUGUUCUGGAAGUCACUUCUCCUCGUUUUCGGCGGAUCCAAACACAUCGCGGAGGCCAAAAAGGCUACGGCAGAGACACUAUCCGACGUCAAGGACAAGGAAAUCAUCACUGCUUCUCCCCUUGACUACCAUGUGUUCCGGCAAGAGAUCACCUCCAAGUACCCAUCGUAUAUCCCACCCCAGUGUGCCAUUCCUCUGGAAGCAGAGCAGACGUCCAUCCUUCCUCCGCUACCUAACCACCCAACCAGGAACAAUGGACAAAACGGUAUCCUUCCCGGCCCACCCAACCAGAGCGCCUCCGCCUCGAUUCUCCAUCAACCGGUUCAUAUCGCGACUCCUGCGCCUUCGCCUCCUCCGAGUCCGGGUGUCGGCGGUAAAGGCGGUAAGAAGCAAAACUACCAGACCAACCAGAACUUUCCGUUUAUGUACCCGCCCUUGGAUGCCACGAGCAACAGCGCUGGCGGAAAGGGAGGUGCCGGACUACAGGACCUUCUGGUAGGCAGGAAGUGGGAGGGAAGCGAUGUUCCCGCUUCCAUCAUCGAAGCUGGCGAGCUGUUCUCCACGCGAACCAGGAUGACACGGGCUACCAGGCAGCUCUGGGAAGAGCGCGAGAGAUUCCUGAAGUUUGAACGCGGGUGGGAAGGCGCCGAUGAGGAUCUCAUCGAUGAACUUGAUCUUUCUGAGCUAACACUUGAGGAGAAGGAGGAACUGGGCUUACUGAAGGAGAGCGAGAAGAAGAAAGAGAAACAUGGCCAUGAGAUUGACUUGGGACCCCGGCCUGUGGAUGAUGAUAUCAAACGUCGUCUUGAGGCCGUCGAGGAGUUUUAUAAAGAGGCUCUCCCUCAUUUGCAGUCACUAGUUAUUGUGCUAUUGAAGGCGAUUGUUGCAAUUGCCAGCAGUUUCGUUCAGCCGCCACCCGGACAGCAAAAUCCUGGCCCGCAGAACAAUGGACGAGCUGGCGGGGGACCACCCCAAGGCCGCGGUCAAAAUAACGGCAACAACGCUAGCAACGACCCCCCCUCCCCCUCGGAUGAUAAUGUCGAUGAGGCUAGGAGUAGGGAAAUUGCCGCGAAGGCGGUGACGGGUAUCAUGAUCCUGUUGUUGAAGUGGCUAAAGCUGUCACAUAUUCUCAAAUUUGAGUACUUCACACAGCUACUUUUGGACUCUAAUUACCUUCCUCUAGUACUGAAGCUGUUUGCUCUGCAUGAUGUGCAGCAGGUGGUCGAGAGCAAGACAGACAGGAUAGAGCACAGUUUCUUUUACUUCUGUGCUUCACGUUCCGGCGUAAUUCCCCCACAGGGUCUUAUCAACCCAACCGCCACCGACUUCGAAGACGUUGAUGUCAGUGAAGACGAAGCGGCCCCGCCCGCCAUCAAGAGAAACCGAUCACCCCCUGGCGCAGAAAAGGGAGGACCACCCGACGCUUCUUCCCAACCAACCCAGCAGCAACAGCAGCAGCAGCGGUUUGAGAACUCCGACGUCCAGAGUCGCCCCGAGGUCGACGAGCUCGGCUACCCCGUCAACCCUCUGCCCAAGGAACCCAUCACCGACUUCUCGCGCCGCAACUUCUUCUCCCUGAUCAACUACCUGCGCGUAAUGCAAAAGAUCUGCAAGCACAAAGCGCACCGCAACCUUCUGCUCGUGCACUACAAGUCCUCCAACAUCCUGCGCAAGUCCCUGAAAGUGCCGCAGCAGGAACUCCGCCUCUACACGCUCAAGCUCUUCAAGAACCAGGUCCCCUACUGCGGCCGCAAGUGGCGCCAGUCUAACAUGCGCGUCAUCACCGCCAUCUACCUGCACUGCCGCCCCGAGCUGCGCGACGAGUGGCUGUCGGGCUCGGACGUCGACGCCGAGGUCGAGGAGGCGCUUCCCCUCGAGCAGGCGCUGAGGUCCCUGACGCACUGGUUCAAUGUGCAGCGGUAUCCUGAGAGGAUGGGCGCAGAGGUGACGGCGGCGAUGAGGGAGGAGAGAGAUUUCUUUACCAGAGAGCUGGAGAAGAGCGAUUGGAUGGGCUGGGAGGGGAUCAUGGCUGGAGGAGGCAUGGGGAUGGAUGGUGGUGGUGGUGGUCCUGAGCCGAUGAUGGGCAUGCAGGGUAUGCAGGGCAUGCCGGGUAUGCCAGGUAUGGGUAUGGGUAUGAAUAUGGGGAUGCCGGGAAUGGGAAUCGGCGGAAUGCCCGGCAUGGGUGGCAUGGCGGGGAUCGAGUACGCGGCUGCUGCGGCGGCGGCGCAGACGGAGCAUGAGAACUCGAUGGGGUGGAGUUAG